AUGUCUUCCGCAACAACUGUUACCAAAACCAACAUUGGUGUGUACACCAACCCCAAGCAUGACUUGUGGAUUGCGGAGACCACUCCCAAGGUCGAGGAUGUUCAGUCUGGCAAGGGUCUGAAGCCUGGCGAGGUCACCAUUGAGGUGCGCAGCACUGGAAUUUGCGGAUCCGACGUCCACUUCUGGCACGCAGGCUGCAUUGGUCCUAUGAUCGUUACCGGCGACCACGUCCUGGGCCACGAAUCUGCAGGACAGAUCGUCGCCGUCGCGUCCGACGUAACAUCCCUCAAGCUAGGCGACCGUGUCGCGAUCGAGCCCAACAUCAUCUGCAAUGCCUGCGAGCCCUGCCUAACAGGUCGCUACAACGGAUGUGAGAAAGUCGACUUUCUUUCCACCCCACCCGUCGACGGUCUGCUGCGCCGAUACGUCAACCACCCCGCAACAUGGUGCCACAAGAUCGGCGACAUGAGCUACGAGAACGGAGCCCUUCUCGAGCCAUUGAGCGUUACCCUCGCGGCUGUUGAGCGCAGCGGGCUGCGCCUCGGCGAUGCCCUCCUUAUCACCGGCGCCGGACCAAUUGGUCUGAUCAGCUUGCUCAGCGCACGCGCCGCCGGUGCUUGUCCAAUUGUCAUUACCGAUAUCGACGAGGGUCGAUUGGCAUUCGCUAAGAGCUUGGCUCCAGAGGUCCGCACUUACAAGGUUGAGCGUGGUAAGAGCGCCGAGGAGUGUGCGGAUGGUAUCAUCAAUGCGUUGAACGAUGGACAGGGCUCUGGCCCUAAUGCGCUGCGCCCCAAGCUGGCUCUGGAGUGCACUGGUGUUGAGAGCAGUGUUAACUCUGCUAUCUGGAGUGUUAAGUUCGGUGGCAAGGUUUUCGUUAUUGGUGUUGGAAAGAAUGAGAUGACUAUUCCCUUUAUGCGUUUGAGUACCCAGGAGAUCGAUCUGCAGUACCAGUACCGUUACAGCAACACCUGGCCUCGUGCUAUUCGCCUGGUGCAGAAUGGUGUGAUUGAUCUUCAGAAGUUGGUGACUCACCGUUAUACCAUUGAGGAUGCUCUUAAGGCGUUUGAGACGGCUGCCGAUCCUAAGACUGGUGCUAUUAAGGUGCAGAUUAUGAGUUCGGAGGAGGAUGUCAAGGCUGCUGAGGCUGGACACAGCCUGUGA